UUGGGGAAAUUGAUUUUAUUUGUGUUAAAUUUGUGGAAUCUCAGUGUCAAAUGUUUUUUUCGUAAAUAAUGUAAAUGUGCUCAAUGCCCAUAAGAUGUCUCUCACAACAGUGCGAAGUUCGGCCGAAGGAAAACUCCCAGAGAAAUUGGGCGAUAAAAAUUGUUGUGUGUGCCUCAGAUUCUCUCAUUUUAUAUUAUCAGCGAGUAAUUUCUCUCAGCGAACUCCAUAGCUUAUUUUCCCAUCAUGUCUCUUCCGGACAAUCUGAAGGCGCUCUUCGAGUACAUCGAAGCGCAUAAAAAUCAGUACAUCGAUGUACUGAAGGAGGCUGUGGCCAUCAAGUCCGUGAGCGCCUGGCCGGAUCAUCGUCAGGAGAUCACGAAGAUGGUUCACUGGACGAAGAAGAAACUUGAAGAUCUCGGCGCCACGGUGGAGUUGGCUGAUGUGGGAAUGCAGACACUGCCCGAUGGGAAGCAGAUUCCUCUACCGGAAGUAAUUCUGGGAUCUCUGGGAAAUGAUCCGGCCAAGAAGACGGUUCUGGUUUACGGGCAUCUGGACGUCCAGCCGGCGCUGAAGGAGGAUGGAUGGGACACUGAACCCUUCGUCCUCACUGAGAAGGACGGGAAGAUGUUCGGCAGGGGCUCCACUGAUGACAAGGGCCCCGUGAUCUGCUGGCUGCACGCCAUCGAAGCAAUGAAAGCGCUGAAGCAACCGCUGCCGGUGAACCUCAAGUUCGUAUUCGAGGGCAUGGAAGAGAGCGGCAGCGAAGGAUUGGAUGAACUGCUCUUCGCCCGUGCUGGGACUUUCCUGAGCGGCGUGGAUUACGUAUGCAUUUCGGAUAAUUACUGGCUGGGGAAGGAGAAGCCCUGCAUCACGUACGGAUUGCGUGGCAUUUGCUACUUUGGAAUUGAAAUUGAGUGUGCCAAGAAGGAUCUGCACAGCGGAGUGUUUGGCGGGAGUGUUCACGAGGGCAUGGCUGAUCUGAUUUAUCUCCUCAACACGCUUGUCGACGUGAAUGGCCACAUUGAGAUUCCCAAUCUCUAUCGCGAAGUGGCACCGCAGUUGCCCAAUGAGAAGGAGAUUUAUGAGAACAUCAGCUUCGAUUUGGGUGCUUAUCGCGAGGAUUUGGGCGCUAAGCAACUCCUUCAUCGCGAAGAUAAGGUCAAGACGCUGCAGCAUCGCUGGCGCUUCCCUAGUCUGUCCAUUCAUGGAAUUGAAGGGGCGUUUUAUGAGCCCGGACAGAAGACUGUCAUUCCUCGUCGUGUCAUUGGCAAGUUUUCUAUCAGGAUUGUGCCUGAUCAGCUUCCGGAACAGAUUGAGGAGUACGUGAAGGCACACGUGGAGGCCAAGUGGCGCGAGCGUGGCUCGCCAAACACCAUGAAAGUCUACAUGGCUCAUGGCGGGAAGCCCUGGACUGAGGAUCCCAAUCAUCCUCAUUACCAGGCCGCAAAGGAGGCCGUGAAGCACGUCUUUGGAGUGUAUCCAGACAUGACCAGAGAGGGCGGCUCCAUUCCGGUCACACUGAGUCUUCAGCAGGCCACUGGGAAGAAUGUCAUCCUUGUGCCCGUAGGAGCGGCAGAUGAUGGAGCGCACAGCCAAAAUGAGAAACUGGAUGUGCUGAACUACAUUCAGGGGACAAAACUCCUCGGGGCGUAUUUGUACGAAGUGGCUCAGCUUAAGUGAACGAAAAAGCAGAACUCUAACAUCACGAGGAAGCAUCACAAUU